UCUAUGUUCGCUACUGAAACCGAUAUAAUCGUGACUUCUCCGAAGGGCUAAUUUUUAUCUGUAACGUUCCUGCUGUUGCUGCCUACUGGCGUAUGCGCGGCUCUGGUUAUCUUAUCUUUAUUUCCCCUUGAAUGUGCUCAAAUUGUGUUUGUAUUGCGCUUGAUAAAGGCUGCUUCAACGUGUUUGGCAUUGUACUAACAGACCUUUUGAUGGUAUUAGUUUUAAAGGACACACUGGAAAAAAGAGGUGCGCUUGGACAAAUAAAAGCCAGAAUCAGAGCUGAAGUUUUUAAGGCAUUGGAUGAUCAAAGUGUGCCACGGCCACCACUUUCUCAUGAAAAUCUCUUAAUCAACGAGCUAAUUCGUGAAUACCUGGAAUAUAACAAAUAUAAAUAUACAGCAUCUGUUUUAACUUCAGAAGCUGGCCAGCCUGAAGUGCCUUUGGAUAGACAAUUUCUUGCCAAAGAGCUGAAUAUAGUGGAAGACACAAAUGGAAAAUCAGUCAGACCUCUCUUGUAUGGAAUUAUCUCUCAUUUCUUACAUGCUGGUAAAGCAGAAAGUACUCAGAAUACCCUUCCAAAAAUGUCUUUGCUCAAUUACCCAAAGCAGAACCUUGGCAAACUACCCAUUGAGAGAAAUCAAAAAGAUAGAAUUCCAGAACCAGGGAGGAUGGCUGGCACAAGCAUUGAGGAGCCCCUUGUUCUGCAAAGUAUAAACAGAUGAUAGCUUCAUAUGCUUAUUUCUCAUGCAAAGUUCUGUAAUUUAGGAAAUUCCUUGUUGCUUAGAUUUCCCCAGCAUGGCCAGUGAGGCCAUUUCAGCUUGUUGAAUUUACCCAUGAGGCAGGCUGGUGGGAUCAUACUGUCAAUGAAAAAGCUGUUAGCAAAAUCUCUCUUCCCUCAGUGCUGAUAGAAGGAAAACUCUGUAUGAAGUCAGAUCAGUAAAGCCUGUGUCUAGAACUGGGCCUAAAAAUACUGGGUUUACUUUAUAAGAAAUCUCACAGAUAAUAUAAUUUCUGCACUUUGCUUUAUGUACUGUGCCUUUGUGUGUCUGUAAUGUGUUUCUGAAUAAAAUGUUUCCAUUUCUAUUCCCUGUGGUAUUCUGAAAGUGUUCAACCCAAACAUUUUAAUCACUCUUGUUUCUAAAGAAGGAGCUGCUACUUCCAGAUAAAUAUGGGAAAAUACAUUUUAAUAGACAAUUAAAGUGCUUUAGAGGAAGAGUUGGGUUUAAUUCUCUGGAAAUUAGGACUAUAUUUAUCUUCAUGCCAGCAAGCGAGAGUGGGUAAGUCUAUUCCAUCUGGAGCUGCUAUAAAUUGUAUGGUGUAACACUGAGUAUGUGGGA